AAUGAAUAUCACUGUUUUUAACAGGUGGCUAAAUCCGAUAUUUGUUGUUGGAAAGUCAAAAUCAUUGGAAGCAACUGAUUUAUACAAUAUUCCUGAGGAAGAUUCCUCUGAAUAUAUAUGUAAUUCAUUAGAAAGAGAAUGGAACAAAGAGUUGACAAAGAACAACAAGCGAAAACCGAGCUUGUUACGAGCUAUUAUCCGAACUUUUUGGGUCAAAUAUAUGCUUUCUGGAAUAGUAGCUUUUAUAGAAGAAAUGUUAAAGGUCGUUCAACCAAUUCUAAUCGGUGGUUUGAUCAGCUAUUUUCGUCAGGAUAGUACUGUCUCAAUGAGAACUGCAUUGCUUUACGCUAUGGGUAUCAGCUUGGCAACAAUGGGAGUUGCUUUAGUUCAUCAUCCCUACUUUUUCAUUGUUCAAAGAAUUGGUAUGCAAAUGCGAAUAGCUUGUUGCAGUUUAAUAUAUAAAAAAGCUCUAAAACUGAACAACUCAUCUUUGGAGAAAACCACCAUUGGUCAAAUAGUGAAUUUAAUGUCGAAUGAUGUAAAUAGAUUUGAUCAGGGAACUCUCUUCUUACAUUACUUGUGGAUAGGGCCUGUACAGGCUGUGAUAGUUCUUACAAUAUUGUGCAAUAUGGUCGGCCCUUCAGCUUUAGCAGGAUUUGCAUUGUUGUUACUAUUAAUACCCGUCCAAACUUUGAUGGGUCGAUUAUUUACUGCUCUAAGGAGAAAAACUGCUACCCAAACUGAUUCUCGAGUUCGUUUAAUGAACGAAAUUAUCACGGGAAUACGAGUUAUAAAAACUUAUUGUUGGGAGAAAUUAUUCGCUGAAUUGGUUACGAAAGUUCGAAAAGAAGAAUUAAAAUUCGUAAAGAUACAGGGAAUUAUAUAUAGCUUAGAAGGAGGAAUUUCUGAUGAAAUGGGAUCAUUUAUGGUAGCUUUAAUUAUCCUUUGCUCGAUUGUUGAGACUAAGAAAUUAAUGCAAAGUGAAUUUUUGUUUCCAACAAAGACUUUUCUAUCACUUUUAGAAGUUAGCAUUGGAUGGUUCUUUACAUCCGAAAUAGGAUUCGUCAGAUCGUCGAAAACAUGGAAAGCUUUUUCUGAAGGCCAAAGCGCGAUUGGUGCUAAACUCCUCGUCUAUUUAGUAGUGAUAAGCGUAUUUUUAACGGAUAGAUAUACUUUUCGUGCGGAAAUUGUUUUUCCCCUGGCUAGUUUAAUGCACAUUCUACGUGGAACAGUCUUUAGGCGUUUUGUUCAUUGCGUUUUCUGUGUUGCUGAUAUUCGAGUGUCCUGUGAACGUCUGAAGGAAUUUUUAUUAUUGGAAGAACUUGAGCCACCAUCACCGCCAUUGUCUGCAGAUUGUGAAUCUGACAAGCCAAGUCUUAGAGUGAACAAAAUUUCUGCAUCUUGGGAUAAUAAUGAAAUGCCUAUCAUAUCCGAUAUUAGCUUUGAAGCCAAACCGGGAGACUUAAUUGCAAUUAUAGGACCAGUUGGAUCUGGAAAAUCGUCUCUACUCUUGUCACUGGUUGAUCAAAUGCACAUUGUCAGCGGCGAUGUUAAAUCAAAAGGAAAAAUAGCUUACGUUCCUCAAGUUCCAUGGAUAUUUAGUUCAAGUGUUCGUCAAAAUAUCCUUUUUGGACAAUCUUUCGAUCAGAUUCGAUACGAUCGAGCAAUAAAAGUAUCUGCAUUGAAAAUGGAUUUAAAAUUAAUGGAGAAAGGUGAUCAAACUUUGGUCGGAGAAAGAGGUGUUUCCCUUAGUGGAGGACAAAAAGCUAGAAUUUGUCUGGCCAGAGCAGUUUAUGCUGACUCUGAUAUUUAUUUAUUAGAUGACCCUCUGAGUGCUGUUGAUACUAAAGUGGGUGCCCAUCUUUUUGAAGAGUGUAUUCGUGGGAUUCUCAAAAAGAAGGUCCGAUUACUAGUAACACACCAAGUUCAAAUGCUACAAACAGCAACAAUGAUACUAAUUAUGAAAGAUGGUAAGAUUUCUGGUCGAGGAACGUAUGAUGAAUUAGCCAAGUCGGGAAUAGAUUUUUCAUCAUUGCUAAAAAGAGAUGAGGAAGAAGGCGAAGAUAAGCAAGAACGCUUAGAUAGUAGUAUCAGUUUAUCUCAUUCUGCAUUAGCUAAUACCUUAAGGGAUGAUGACGUUGAUGACAAUCUACUUGAAACAGAGCCAUUUCUUAGGUCUAAUUCUGUUUCAAAAUGUACACUAAAUGGCUUAAAAUCAAAGAAAAGCGCAUCUAAGAAUUCACUAAAUUCAAAGAAAAGCUUGUCGAGACUGUCUUUGACUUCAAAGAGGAGUCUACGACUUCGAUCAAGUGUAACAUCACUAUCAUCAUUUAUGGCAGAAGGAGAGGCUGAAUUCAUAGCCCCUGUUACUGAAGAACAAAUUGCAAAAGGAACAGUCAGCUUAAAUGUUUACUGGAAGUACAUGAUUGCUGGAGCUGGAAUAAUUGGAUUGUUUGUGCUAGCUUUUAUUAAUAUUGCAGCCCAGCUCACUUAUGUAGGAUGUGACUUAUGGCUAUCUCAUUGGACACACGUUGAAGAGCAAAGAGUAUCUGAAUUAAACGCACAAAAUUUGGAUUAUGAGCGUUUUAAUUCAUCCAAUGUUACAGUUCAAGAAGUCAACACCAAAAGAAAUAUUGCUAUUUAUUCUGGAUUAACAUUUGCCGUUUUCAUAUUUGGUAUGCUUAGGGCUCUGUUCAUAUUUCAUAUUAUGAUAUCAGCUGCCAAAACUUUACAUAAUGCCAUGUUUAAAGCAAUAUUGGGUUGUCCUGUUUUAUUCUUCGAUACUAAUCCUGCAGGUAGGGUACUUAACCGGUUUUCAAAAGACACUGGGCAGAUGGAUGAACUUUUACCAUUGACUUGGUUUGACUUUAUUCAAUGCGCAAUGCAAAUAGCCGCAAUUAUUAUUCUAACUGGUUCAGCAAAUCCGUGGGUUUUCCUUGCUGUAGCACCUCUUGCUAUUGUUUUCAUCUACGUUCGCUCAUAUUUUCUCAAUACAACUAGAGAUGUAAAAAGAUUGGAGGGUACUAGUCGUUCACCAGUUUUCAGUCAUGUAUCAGCAACUUUGAACGGUCUGCAAACAAUCAGAAUAUUUCGCGUACAGGACGUAUUUACAAAAGAAUUCCAUCAACACCAAGAUGCUCAUAGCGAAGCAUGGUUCAUGUUUUUAUGUACUACUAGAUGGUUUGCAAUUCGUCUAGAUUGGCUUUGUACAUUCUUUGUAGUGUUUGUAUGCUUUUCAGUAAUUUUCUCAAAACUGGAUUCUGGAAUUGCUGGACUUUCUCUAACUUAUUCUAUAUCGCUGCUAGGACUGUUCCAAUGGGGUGUCAGACAGAGCGCCGAAGUGGAAAAUCAAAUGACUUCAGUUGAGAGAAUAAUGGAGUAUUCUGAGUUAGAGCAAGAGGCAAAACCUUUAUCAGAUCCUGAUAAAAAACCUCCACCGACUUGGCCAGAAAGAGGGCAAAUUAAAGUAGCUGACUUAUGCUUUAAAUAUUCAAAGGAUGGACCCCUAGUACUAAAAAAUUUGAAUUUUGAAAUUUAUCCAGAAGAAAAAAUUGGAAUAGUUGGUCGUACAGGUGCAGGAAAAAGCUCGUUGAUUGCAACUUUUUUCCGAUUAGCUGAACCCCAAGGGAAAAUUGAAAUAGACAAUUACAACAUAUUAACACUCGGCCUGCAAGAUGUUCGAUCGAAAAUAUCAAUUAUACCUCAAGAUCCCGUUUUAUUCAAUGGAACAGUCAGACAGAAUAUUGAUCCUUUUAAUCAACAUGACGAUAAAGAGAUAUGGUCAGCUCUAGAAGAAGUUCGUAUGAAGGACGCGGUGAAUGACUUACCAAGUGGACUUCAAGCAGGUGUAAGUGAGGGAGGUGGCAACUUUUCAGUUGGACAGAGACAGCUUUUUUGUUUAGCAAGAGCUGUUCUGAAGCAUAAUAAAAUCAUGAUAAUAGACGAGGCUACAGCCAAUGUAGAUCCAAUAACCGACUCUCUUAUUCAAACUACUAUAAAAGAAAAAUUUAAAAAUUGUACAGUUCUCACUAUUGCUCAUAGGUUACAUACCAUCAUGAAUUCUGAUAGGAUAUUGGUACUUGAUCAAGGUCGUAUCGUUGAAUUUGAUGAGCCGCAUAUAUUAUUAGAGAAAACAGACGGCUUUUUGUGUUCAAUGGUCAAACAGACAGGUGAUAACGAAUCAGCCAGGUUAAUUGAAAUUGCCAAACAAGUUGCCGACAAGCAUAAAAUGGACCAUCGCUACUCGAAGAAAGAACCGAAUGGUAUAGAAAAAUAA